AUGAGGAGAGAGAAGUUGAGAACCCCUGAGGGACCAUGUGGAAAGGCUUGUAAGCUGGGCUUGGGUCAGCAGCAGCCAAACUGGCCAUGCUUGGGGGAGAGACAAAUUUCCAUUACAACUUCUCGGCUGAGGCUGACAGGGUCAUUUCAGAAGAAGGUACUUUUCACUAGAGGCUCAAAGGCCUCAGCUGUCACCCUCCAAAAUCUCACACUCGAGGCUGACUCUUAUUACAAAUGCAUUUUCAAUGUGUUCCAUCAUGGCUCCUUCAGCAUAGAGAUAUGCCUCAACAUCCAAAAUAAGUUUUCCACUAACUCCUUCUCUCUUCCUGGAAUGCAGUCUGGGUCUGAUGUGCUGAGGAGGUGGAGAUGUCAUUACACUAUCCAGCACAUGGAGAUUUUCCAUGAAGCAGCAUGUCCCUGGUGGAUAGUGUCCAGAUUGUCAUACUGGAAUUAUUACCUAACCAACUGUCCUUUUAAUUGGACAAUAUAUGACAGGAAUAUUAACCUAUUUGCAACACUUUCCUCAGGGGAAGUGAAGGCAAUCUUGAUAUAUUCUGUCAUGAGACUAAAUAACAGAAAAAGGAACAGGCAGAAGACACAGUGUACCCAAAACUCCUGCAAAGGAGACAGGCUUUUACAGCAAGACCUAGGUGAGAGAGCCUCUGUGAGCCUGCACACACUGGAAGAUCAGCACAUGACUUAUCAAAACGAGGUAACACAAACAUCCAAGGCUUACGCAGACACCAGGCUCCAUGUUUCACAAAAGGCUGAAGAGAAACCUGUGAUCAAGAAAAGUUGGAGGCACCUGUUUUCAGAGGAAGGAGAGAACCUGAACAGCAGCUUCCAAAGUGAGUUGAAGAGUGGACCUGCUAGAUUAUCCAUCAAGGAGCUUGGCUGCUCUCCCAUGAAGGAGGACGGGGAGGCAAUGGCAGGUUCAUUGAUUUAA